AUGUCUAACUCUACACCUGUCGCAGACACAAUUUCAGACGAAGACUCGAACAACCUUGAUGGUGAGCAGUCUGUAGCAGAGAUAGUGCGUAACUUUGAUUGGGCGUCUACUCCAUUGGGGCCUAUGGACAGUUGGCCUCGCUGGUUGAAAAUCUUAACUGAUUUGUGUCUCAAUGCCGUGUUUCCGAUGGUGUUAUUUAUUGGGCAUGAUAGGAUUUUUAUAUACAACCAGAUGUGGAUACAGAUCAUUCAGGCAAAUCAUCCUUGCAUAGGGACAUCGGCGACACACACAUAUUCUGAAUUACGCGACGUUCUCGUACCGAUAUUUGAGUUAACUUUAAAAGGACAGGGCCAAUAUUCUGAAGAUUGCUGCAUGCCGCUUAUUCGAUCGGGUUAUAAAGAAGAAGCAUACUUUAGUUACAGUCACAGUCCGCUAUAUACUGACACUGGGGAAAUAGGAGGAACGGUUGCCUUUGCGCACGAAACAACGAAAAGCAACCAGAACGACGAUGGAGUUGCAAAAAGAGCUCGUUUAGAAGCCACAACAUUUGAUAAUGAUCUAGUGUGUGUCAAAAAAGCCGACGGAACUGAAGAGUAUAUGUAUAUACAUGGACAAUCUAGUAGAGAUAUACCUGACGAUUUGUUAAAGACGCCCGAUGUAAUAGUCAUGCCCGAUUCCGAGGGUGAUAUUGUUCAUUUGGAUUCAUAUUCAACCAAUGCUGUACCAUGGCCAGUAGAACGCGCAAUGUGCAGUAGCGGCAAUGUAAUUAUACAGUUACCCGAUGAAUCACGAACCUUAUUAUGUCCAGUGACUUCAAUUUCUGGUGGAAAAGACGUAUUGACAGCCGUAAUGAUAUGUGGUAUCAAUAAACAUAGAGCGCUCGAUAAGGAUUAUGAGGAAUUUUUCCAGCUCAUCGUUAAGCAUGUGAGUUUUGUUUUUACAAACGCUGUAUUGCGGAAAGAAGAACAAAGACAAAGAAACAUGCUGGCCGAAUUGGAUAGACAAAAAAUUGCCUUUUUUGAAAAUAUCAGUCAUUCAUUACGAAGUCCGUUGACUCUUAUGCUUUCACCUUUGGAAGAAGGAAUAGAGCUAUGUCCCAAAAAAUCUCCAGUAUUAAAUUAUCUCAAGUUAAUUCAGAACAACUAUCGAAGAUUACUUAGCUUAAUAAAUAGCUUGCUUCAAUUCGCUCACAUAGAAGCAGGUCGAAUUCACGCAUGUUUUUGCGCCACGAACAUUGCAAAGUUGACAGUAGAGUUGGCAGCCAGUUUCGAAAGUAUGGCUAAAGCCCUUGGUCUAUAUUAUAAGCUUGAUAUUCCUAGUGACGAAGAGCUCUGUCAAAUAAAUCAGAAAAUGUUUUUAGAUCAAGACAUGUAUGAAAAGAUACUAUUUAACCUAUGUUCGAAUGCAUUUAAUUAUACACAGACUGGUGGGGUAACUGUUCGAUUACUUGUAGAGAGAAACGGAAAUAAAGAAGGGGUAGUCCUCGAAGUAUCCGACACAGGUGUUGGCAUCGCAGACAACCAUCUUUCGAAUAUCUUCCAGCGCUUUUAUCGUGUCGAGUCGCAACAAUCACGUAGUCAUUACGAAGGCACCGGGAUUGGUCUUGCUCUCGUUAAAGAAUUCGUCACACGGCAUGGCGGCGAAAUCUCUGUUAAAUCCCAAUUGAAUGUUGGCUCUACUUUCCGCGUUUGGCUUCCUUCCGGAUCUGAUCAUCUUCCCCGGAAACAAGUUUAUUUGAAAAGCAAAAGAGAUGAAUCUAAACUCAAUGCAGAAUAUCGAGAACAAAUUAAUUUGAAUAUAAACUUGUAUUUGUACGAGUGUAUGCAACGUGUACGAGAGUCAGAGUCUUCUAGUCCACAAACGUCCGAGGGAGAUUAUCAACAUAGUCCGAUGCAAAUCGAUUAUGAAAGCUUGUCGUUUACCUCAUCACCAAGAGCGGACGAGCGGUCAGCAUUGCGUAUGAAACCUAGUGACGUUGAAUUUGAGGCUACAAGAAAAUAUAUUCUAGUUGUCGAUGAUAAUGCAGACAUGAGAAACUAUUUAAACACUUUGAUCGAGAAGCAAUUCGCUUGUAUCUGUGCUGCUGAUGGAUAUGAAGCACUUAAAAUCGUAAGAAAUUCACAGCGGUUGCCUGACCUAAUUCUAAGCGAUGUUAUGAUGCCAAACAUGGACGGCUUUGAGUUACUGAAGGCACUUCGCGGUAAUCCAGCAACACAGGCGAUUCCGGUGAUCUUACUAUCAGCUCGAUCGGGAGAAGCCAGUAUUGAAGGGUUGGAAAAGGGUGCAGAUGACUAUAUCAUUAAACCGUUUAAUGCUCGCGAACUUAUGGCUCGUAUUCAUGUGAAUCUCAAACUUUCUCAUGUCCGUCGUCAACUCAUGGCAGAACAGCAGCAUCAGCUUGAAAUCAAGCAGUUGUUAUUUACGAUCAGCAACAAAAUUCAUUCCGGUUUUGGAAUACAGGAAACACUUGACACGGCGGUCUCGGAAAUAAAGAAGGUUUUGAUAUGUGAUUCUUUACUGAUAAUACAGGAUAUUUCCGAGAACGAGAGUAUUGGCGGUAAAGUGAUGGCAGCUUCAUUGUCUCCAAUGGAUAACAGUAUAGAGAUUGUUGGCCGCAUAUUCCAUGAGGAACAGCAGCAAACUGAAACAACUACAGAUUUUUCGCCGGCGACGAAUCCUAGGCUUUUGCUUCAUCACUGCGAUGGGCAUAUAGAACCAGACUCGUUGUUAAGUGAUAUAACAUCUUGUUCAGACUGUGAAUCAAAAGUAUUGAAUCAACGCGUGUCCUUUCUCAGCGCCGCCAUUUAUUUAAAAUCAUCACCAUGGGGCUGGAUAAUUGCUUACCGACAACCAUAUCACAAGUGGACAGAGUCCGAGACGAAUUUUUUGCAUCAGGUCUCAAACCAAAUAAGUUUAGCCAUCAGUCAUGCCAUCCUCGUCGAAAAGAAAUUAAAGCAAGAGGCACAAGUAAAGGCCAUCGAAGAGACUAACAGAACAAAGGGCCAGAUAUUGGCCGGUACAUCUCACGAACUUCGUAACCUGUUAGGAACAAUUACUGGAGCGCUUUCUGCUUUUGAAGGAACACAGCUUACAGCUGAACAACAAGAUAUGGUUGAAGUAAUGUCCCGCGCAUCCGAUGUGGUUAUGUCAGUAGUAAAUGAUAUCCUAGAUACAGCCAAGCUGGACGCGCAAAAGCUUACUUUGAUAAACCGAGUCUUUGAUUUAUGGGCGCUUGUAGAGAAGACGGUGACAACGUUUGGUGAGCGUGUUGGCGCAAAGGAGCUUGAAUUGAUUGUUCUAUACGACCCGGAGACUCUCUCGAGAUAUGUAAAAACGGAUCCAGAGAGGUUACAACAAGUGAUAAUGAAUCUGUUAUCAAACGCAAUCAAAUUCACAGAUAAUGGCGAAAUUGUAAUAAAACUAUCAAUAAGAAACGGCGAAGACAUGAUGGUGGAUGAUAACCCUGACUCGAACAAACUUUUAUGUGUGGAAGUAUCUGACACUGGCGUUGGUAUUGAUCCGGCAUCGAUUAAGCAUAUUUGGGAAAAUUUUUCGCAAGGAGACGCUUCGAUGACUCGAGGUCGAGAUGGAACUGGUCUAGGUCUCUCUCUAUGCAAAAGUCUAGUUGAACUAAAUGGUGGUAAAAUUGGAGUUGAUAGUAAAAUCGGCAUAGGAAGCAAAUUCUGGUUCACAUGGAUUAUUGAGGAUACAUCAUUGUCGUCAAUACCAAAGCUACCGUCGCGGGAUGAUAGGUCCAACUUGCAAGGUCAGCCGAAUCAUGCUAGAAAUGUUCUUAUAAUCGACCCUGUGGAAACAGCAAGAUCAGCAUACGCUACAUUGAUUAAGGGGAGUGUUGAAAAAGUAUAUACGUACGCAGAUUGUACAAGAGCGCUAGAAGCGGCCAAAAAACACAAGAAGGACGGUGAGCAUAUGUGCGAUUUGGCUUUUUUGAGCGUGAGAAAUAAUGACGCUGUCGAAAUUGAGAACGCAGCCAAAGAGCUUAAACGUAUUUAUGGAAAUGGGCUAUCAAUUGUAUUGAUGGUGUUUUGGUCAGUCGAAGGUCACAAGGUUGGAAAGAGUAUGAUCGAGAAACUAGGAACAAAUGUCGCGGCUAUCUGCAAACCAGUAACUCACAAGUGUAUAAUGGAUUGUGUCUCCGAUUUCGACAUGUUUUUGGUCAAGCCUAAAGAUGCAGAUAGUAAAGAAAUGGAAAGAACUAGUUUGUCGACGUACAGUAAAUUCUACAAUCAUAAUCGACCUGCGGUCUAUCGUUCAGGGAAAAGAGAUAUAAAGGAACAAGUCAUAGUUCGGGGCGUUAUGCCAUCCUCAAAAGAUGAGAGCAAGUCCAAGUCCAAAAUUGUCGGCACGCAGCUUGUUCCAAUGAAGAGAUCCGCUUAUAGUGAAUUGAAGGAUCAAUCGGGUAGCGAAGAAAGAGCACGCACGUCAAGGAGCAGGGUUUCUAAAUGUAUUCUCUGCGUGGAUGAUAAUGCGAUCAACCUCAAAAUCGUCAAAACCCAGUUGGAUAAAUUAGGUUAUACUUAUUUAACGGCAGCAAACGGAAAAGAAGCUGUGGACUUGAUACGAACGCAGUAUGAGAACAGCCAAACCAGCAGCAUGGAUAGUUCUCAGUCGUUAGAGUUCAAACUGGGGAUAUCGUUGAUUUUGAUGGACUGUGCUAUGCCCGUUAUGUCAGGAUUUGAAGCAACACGAGCAAUCAGAUCGAUAAAUCCAGAAUUUCAAACGCUUCCAAUCGUUGCGUUGACCGCAUGCGCAAUAGCAGAGAUACGCGAACAAUGUCUGGAGGCGGGUAUGAAUGACUAUCUAACCAAACCGCUCAGGAUAAAACAAUUGAAGGAGAAGCUGAAUGAGUGGUUGGGUGAGAAUUAA